UUGGACGUGUCGCUUGCCGUACAGUCCAAACAAUAAUGGCGGCCUCCUCGGAUGUACACGUCCGAAUUUGCGGGCAAGAAAUAAUUAAAUACGACUUGGAAAUAAAAGCUCUAAUUCAGGAUAUCAGAGAAUGUCCAGGUCCUCAAAGCGAGCUGAUGGAUUUAAACUCAAAAGUUAAAGAGAAAUUUGGUCAGCUCCGACUGCGGAUUCAGAACCUAGAGCAGAUUGGUAAGGAGCAGGACAAGGAGACAGACAAGCUCGCCAUCCUGAGCGAGACAGAGAGCCACCGUAAGCAGAUGCUGAGUAACCAGAUGGCAUGGAGGAAGGCUAACCUGGCCUGUAAGAUGUCCAUUGACAGAGUGGAGAAAGAUGAACUCCUCCUGGGUGGAGAUGCUUCAGUGAGACAGCGAAAGACAACCAAGGAAAGCCUGGCGCAAACAUCCAGUGACAUCACUGAGAGUCUGAUGAGCAUCAGCAGGAUGAUGUCACAGCAGGUUGAGCAGAGCGAGGAGGCCAUCAGCACUCUGGCCACGUCCUCCAGGACCGUGCUGGAGACCAACGAAGAGUUCAAGGCCAUGACGGGCACUAUUCACCUUGGGAGGAGGCUGAUCACCAAGUACAACCGGCGGGAGCUCACAGACAAGCUGCUGAUCUUCCUGGCCCUGGCGCUCUUCCUCUCCACUGUCCUGUACAUUCUGAAGAAACGGCUCUUCCCCUUCCUGUAGAAUUCCUCGUCCCAUCCCGUCCCGUCCCCUACACUUUGUUUGAAGUUCCGAGCUGUGGGAACGUUGGAAGGGGUGGGGGGGGGGGGGAUUGUUUAUGAUCGAAGCUCAAAAUCUGUUAAAAGGAAAGAUCAAGAGCUCACCUGUCAGGCCAUUCCUUUUUUAUCCUCAGCCUCUGAAACAGGAUGAGGAUUUUACGUUGGGGCGUUUUUACCAGUGAUUUCAAACAGCUUAAAGAACAAACGGUUUGCAGAAGCCAACCAAAGAAACGUAACAACAACAACAACAAAAAAACAUUUUAAAAAGUACAUGUCUUUUUAGGCAUAUUGUAUGUGAAGGCUUUUUUUCACAGAAAGCUUUGCAGUUUGAAACAAAAUGUGUGCUUUUAAGAAUAUGAAUUUAAGAGGAUGCUGGGUGGCUGAUCCUUUUAAGGAACUGUCCUAGUGCGUCAGGUAUUAAAUCCGGGCUGCGCCAGUGCCGACAGUCGCCUGUAGCCCUGUAGGGCGAUGCCCAACUGCUGCUUAACCACACCCUGGAAACGGAGGCCCUAACAGCGCCUCCUCGCACACCAGCGACCCCUGCUGGUCGACCGGGGGCCAGCAGGUCCGCCAGUGGAGCUGCACGUGAAGCGUCUUCCUCAGACUCUCGUACUCGAGCCCAAGUCGGUGGUCAAUGCCCAGUGACUGCACUUUCCUCAGUCGACAGCUGAACUUGCUGAUUAAUACGGCUAGGAAAUUAAACAUUUGGAGAAAGGGGGAGACUACCGUUGCAGGCUGAGGCCUAUAGGUUAUUCAUCUGUGACGCUGAUCUUUAUCUGUCAUUAGUCUGACAUGCCUUGGUCUGCAGGAGGGUACUCUAGCCCCACACCACCCAGGUAAACUGGGUUUAAAGGGAACUUCCAGAGCAGAACAUGUAUGGACUGUAUAAGAUAAUAAAGGAUUAGAUUGGAAGGUGACUUCUAGUAAUUGGCCAGUCACUUCUGGUUCUGGAAAGAACAAAAAGAAAAUCUCUCAUUUCAUAUGAGACUUCAACCAUAUCCUGACUGUCUGUGAGCCAGUACCAAAUGGGAGUUGGUGCCAUACUUGAAGAUGGCAACCUCAGAAUGAACUUCAGAGCAUGACAGCCUGUUCUGUCUCUGUUCCGGUUAGUUAUAUGGUGCUUCACAUUUUUUUCCACUAUCUUCUGUCUACUUCUACUCACAGGAAAAGAGACAUUGGCUUUCUGUGUAUUUUCUCGAUGGAGUACAUGUUAAAUUGGUUUUUCUAGAAGCCAAAAUUCUGCAAGAACAACUCAAUUUCUUUUUUUUUUUAGGAGUAGGACUAACCUAAGCCACACCUGCCUGCCAGUGGCUCUGUUGCAACCGUUAUGGUGCAUUUUCUUAACAUCUGAGUUCCAAAAUCAAGCAAGUAUUGGAUCCCGAUUCCCAUCCCAUCCCACCCCCGGUAUAUUAUUUUGGCGUUUUGAUAUGUCUGUAAUGACUGCAAAUAUUUGAACGGUAACACAUAAAAUAUAGAAAUAUGUAACCUUUGCUUAAAUGUAUUACUCUGGGUGGGUGGGGGGGACUCAGGCCCCAAUCUAAUCUGGGCCUCUGUGUUUGGCACUGAUCCAGCUUGCGUGACAGGACGAUUAUAACGGGAUCUCGUGCGCAUCAGAUAGCUGUAGCCCAGCGUCUGACCUCGCUGUCUGAGGUACUUGCAGCCAUUCUGUGCUCAAAACGUGAGUCUGCCGCCACAUUCUACGCCAAUACUAAUUCUGCUAAAUGGCUUUCUUCUGAUAAACCAGAGUGGAGAAGCACAGUGGGGUUCAAUUGCGCUUUAUUCAUAUGUGCGUUUUUCCCCUUUUAAUCGCUAUUGAUGUUUGGCUGUCCGGUAAUAUUUGUAAUUGACAGAAAAUUCUCUACCUCGUUCGGUAUGUAACAUGUAUAGCGCUUUGUCGUGUACAUGUGCUUGCCGUACCGAAUGCUUCAUUGAAAAUACUCGGGCCGAGUGGUAUACAGUUGGCAGUGUGUUCAUUACACGGCCCGGCUGUAAACUGAAACUAUUUUGCGGGAAGACCAUUAGUGGUCUGUAUGCCCUUAUAGCAGCCAAUAGUCUUUUAAAUUGUUCUGGCAUUGGACCGUUAGAUGCGGCCACGAGACACGACAGACUUAAUCCAGCUCUCGGAUGACCGUGAAAGGCCAUUAGACCGCGUCCAUUUUCCCUCGGUUAAAAACAAAUGUUCUUUCCUCGGCCUUUUCUCUUUGUUCCGGUUAUUUGGGGAUGCCAUUUUAAGGCACUCUUGAAUUAAUGCCAAACGGCCUUACCUAAAAAUUACGCCUCCUAGUUUCGGGACGUGCUUCAGAGCUUGUCUGCCAGAAAAUGCAGUGUGAUGUAAACAGGUGCCUGUAUAUCCAGAAUUAACAAGACUGACGCUGGCUAUAAAUAACUGUGACAUCUAAAUUUCGGAACAGUAGAUGCCUAAUCGUUACAGCAAGUUGUCGAACUUAAUGUAUACUUGGUAAUUUGUAAUUUACAUUCAGAACAUGUAUGUUGUCUUUACUAAUAGAAUGUAUUUGAAGUAUUUAGACCUUUCAGUGCCUCAUGUGGAUACAUUUUGGAAAUUGCACAGGGUUAGCCCCUGAUUAGCCACUUGUGGGCUAUAUGCAGAGUUUCCUAUAAGAUCAGUUCUCUUCACUGUCUUAAGUAGUGUAAUUUCUCAGGAGCUGUUUUAGUCUUCUUUCCUAUUGCAGGAUUGUGUAAAUGUUAUAUAAUGUACAUAAACCGAGUAAAAAAAUAUUGAUUCAACUAG